UCAUGAUGAUAAAAUAUGUAACCGAAUUCUAGCAUACAAUAACAACACUUUAGACGAAAUGAUAUUAGCACAUGCUUAUCAACAGAAAUUUGGUGAAAAGACCUUACUAUACGAUAUUGACGAUAUUUGGAAUGGGAAACGGAACAUGUUCAUGCCCUCGCAUAGUCAUGAGUUAGAAGCUGUAAAGUUGUUGACUAAACUAGAUAUAAACUCUGAAAACAUACAACAUACUAUUCAAAAAUAUGAUAUUGAUUUGGACGUAGCCGAUUCUUUAGGCAAUACUCGUCUUAUGAUUUCUUCUGCCAAUGACCAACAUGAAGUUAUUAAAUGUUUAAUUAAUCUUGGCGCUGACUUAGAAUGCUCCAAUGACAUAGGGUUUACUCCUUUAAACCUAACUAUAAUGCGAUACAUAUGUUUAUUAAAUAACAUAAAUUAUUGGACUGAAUAUUUAAUACCUCAUGUCGAUUUAAAAUUUAAUAUUAUAAAAGAAGAUCAACAUAUUACAUUAAAUAACAUACAAACAACAAACUUCUUUCAGCCAGAAAAUUUAAAAAAUAUGAAGGUAAAUUAUACUUAAGUAUCUAAAUAUUUUACCAAGUUAAUAAAAAUCAAU